AUGGACCAAACUUGUAGGACGUGUAUCCUAAACCUUGUAGAACCUAUAGGAACUUUCGGAUCGGAGAACGGAGGUCGUGGGCCCUGUGGGGCUGUCCAUGCCUUUUCUGUCUGUGAUGACCCUGAUUACUUCUACGACUAUGUUCAAGGCCUACUUGAUGGACUUGAGGCAGGCGUUGAUUCACGUGAUAUUGUUAACAUUCAAAAUGUGAGGGAGCUUAAGUUUGUCACGGAGAUUGCUGCGACCACUGGGAUUGUUCUGGAUCCAGUUUACAGUGGCAAAGCUGCUUAUGGAAUGUUGAAAGACAUGGCUGAGAAUGCAAAGAAGUGGGAAGGAAGAAAGAUCCUCUUCAUACAAAGAGUUGAACCAAAAAGAUCCAUUCUUUUUGGUUGUCGUUGA